GCAGAGGGUUGUUUUUAAACUCAAAUAAGCUCGAUUGAAAUCCCGAAAUAAGAACGGAAAAAUACAACCUUUCUUUAAACAAUUCAGUGUUUUCUACGUUAAAUAGCCUGCAUAUAGCAAAUUCUCGACCGACUUUGUAAGCAUCCUUAUGGCAGAUUCGCUAUAACCGUACAUUUGAACAUGCCCUCACACUCAUCCAUUCAAGCUCCAUAGGGUAUUUUGAGAGGGAUGGAUGAGUGUGCUGCUCUAAUGAGAUGGUAGCCAAGAAUUACAUUAGAAUAUGAUACCAAAUGUCACCAAUAUAGGCUAUGGGGUGUUUUCCAGGAAUUUAUAUUUUAACAAGUCUUAAGGCAAAUAAAGAUCGUCCUCAGGCACCGUCCUAAAGCUCAUUAUGUAGGUUAUCCGCUCAUAAGUUAGUUUAAGCUACUGGAAAUAAGACAAUAGCAUGACCCUACAAAUCAUUGCAAAUGUUUCUACAGGUAGGAGCAAUAUGUAGGACAUGAGCAUCUAAAUAUAGCCAGCCACUAUUUAAAUAAUUUUUCCCCUGAUAAAGCGACACGUGAGGUUGAAGGUAGAGAGGAGCAGAGGCUGACGUCUGGUUAGCGGGGCUUAUUCACUGUAUUCAGCAAUACUGCAUCUCUGCAGUGCUGUGCGAGCGCGGGCGACUGGUCUGCUUACUCUCAAGUAACACAUUCAUCAUGGAGGAAAAACGGGUACCUGCCAUGGAGUGAACAGGACGGGUGCCUCUGGAAUCGCAGUGACGUCUUCGAAAUCCUUGUCUCAAUGUGAAUCGUCUACAUAUUGCUUUUGAGUUAAACACCGAGAAGAUUAACAAAUAAACAAAAUGAAGCAUUUUUUGAGGGUUCUGACGCAGUUCUUCGUAUUCCUGUACUGCAAAUGUCUGUGGCGCACUCUGAAGUUUGUGAUCCGAAAGGUCACGGGCCGGUGUGAGCUGCAGCGUAUCUGCUACAAUAACAAACCAGGGGCUCACAGGACACUCAAGAUAGAGUCCUCUCUAAGGUUUUCUAAGAAUGAGCUCCUGCAGUCUGCAGUCAGUGCCCACCCUGACUCUGUGGAAAAGACAAUUGAUGACAUCAUGACCCUGAAAAAGAUCAAUCCUGACACUAACCCUCAGUUAGGCAUCUCUCUCCAGGCUAGCCUCUUCCAGAUUGUGGGCUACAGGAAUCUGGUGCUGGAGGUGGAGAAGCUGCGCAGGGAGCCGUAUGACUGUGAGAACGCUGAGCAUGAGGAAAUGCUGCUGAAGCUUUGGAAGGCACUGCAGCCUGAAACCCCUCUUACCGGACGCAUCUCUAAGCAGUGGUGUGAAAUUGGUUUCCAAGGCAGUGACCCGAAGACUGAUUUCAGGGGCAUGGGCCUCUUGGGACUACACAACCUUCUAUAUUUUGCCGAGCAUGACAAGGCUGCUGCCCUGCAGGUUCUUCAUGACUCUCUGCAGCCCAAGCACAGGCCCAUUUCCCUGGGAACCACCAGCAAGCUGAGCAAAGCAGAGUGGGAGAAGAAGAAGUUUGAUAAAGCGAUUGGGUAUUCCUUCGCCAUCGUGGGCAUCAACAUCACUGACCUGGCCUACGCGCUGCUGGUCAGUGGUGCCUUGAAGACCCACCUGUACAAUGUGGCUCCAGAGAUGCCCAGCCUGGCCCACUUCCAGCAGACCUUCUGCUACCUCAUGCAGGAGUUCCACAAGUUCUGGACGGAGGAGGACCCCUCUGACAUCAUGGAGUUCAACCAUGUCCGUGCCAAGUUCCACAAGAGGGUCCUGAAGCAGCUGAAGAACCCCAACAUGACCCUGUGCCCUCACUUUGCUGCCUCUGACCUCCACCUGGUUAACCUGUAGUCGUCUCCGAUCCCAGGGGCCUGUCCCCAAACGUUUAACCCCCCCCACACUCCCGUUUCCUGUAACCCUGCCAGCUGCUUCAUGUCACUGCCACAAAGUCACCGCCCUCCCCUCACACCCACACCUGCCUUGCUGCAGCCCAGCACCAGCAUCACUAAAGACCAUGCUGAUUGUAUGCAUGCAUGGCAGUGCUGUGCCGUGCCAUAUCUUUCAGUUACCUAUAUUUAUUAUUUAUUGCUUUCAUCAUCCUUAUUACCACUGUUAUGUAUUAUGAGAUCAGUCUACAUGGGGGGAAAAUUUUACAUGAAAUGUCAAGAAAAAAAACCAUGGAUACAUUUGGAGAAUAAUACAGAAACUGGGUAGUGUUACAGUAUUUUAAAGCGCUGCAUUGAGAGAGGAUGACAGAAGCUAAUGAAAGGCCUAGCAGGGAAGUUGCAAAGCAAUUAUUUAUACCACUGGGGAACUAGGAAAGAGAAAGGAAAUUUCAAACAAAAGAAUAGGUAGAAGGUAUUUGCUGUAUGUUGAUGAUCAUGGCAUAUGAGACAGUGCAUGAAAAAAUAAUGGACUAAAGAACAGAGAAUGGUUACCAUGCCAGAAAGUGAGAACAAGAAUUCAUGGCCCUGCUGAGCCAAUCACCUGAAACAGCUCCCAGCCAAUCACGUCACCCAUGUUAUGAUCAUUCGUGUCACAGUUCUCAGUUGUGGUAGACGUGCCAAUUUGGUAACAAUAACGCAAGGAAUUCAACGACACAAUGUGGGAGCCGAGCUAUCAGACCUGCGUGUUUCUUUGCCAAAAAUAUUAGUAACAAGCAAUUGUAAGAACAGGGACUUAAAGGCGUAUUCUUUGUGAAUGUUACUAUACUAGAUUCAUGAUUGUGCAACAAAAAAGUUAGCUGAACAUUGAUGGGAAAAAUUGAGGAAUGUUUAUUCUUUGUUCUAGUAGCCAAAGCAAUAAUUCAAAGUUUGUCUGGAUGGUUUGAUAACAACACUGGUGCCUGCUGUUUGCUUGGCUCCUCAUUCGUAUGACUAACACUUAGCCACAGCACAUUGUAACUAUGAUUUUCAUUGAGCGUCCAGAUCACUGUUUGCACUUUCACUGUACUGUGACUUUUUGUUGCACCAUGACAUAUGCAUUUUUACUGAUAUUUAUUUUCAUUUUAGGGACUGUUUUUUAUAUUUUUGUAGCAUCUCCAUUUAAACAUCUUCUUUGAUAUAUAGUAUUAAACAGGCAUGUUUUGUAACUUAACUUGCUAUCGGUGUAUAGUCUGGUAAAGCCCUUUUAACUUUUAGCUAUUAUUAAUAAGUUGAUAUGUUGUUCCAUUGAUGACCUCAUGUUAACGGUCACAGGGUCUGCAUGAAUUUUUGACACAGCUAUGAUUAUGCUUUUAUAGUUUAGUCACAGCUACAAUGAAAAUGCUUUACUGUCUUAACAUCCAAAUUAUUUAUCUGAAAAGAGCAAUGUAAUAUCUUCCUUUGGCACACCCACUAUACAUUUUUUCUAAGUAUUAAGUCAGUAAGUGACAUUUAAAUGUGAAUGCGUAAGCCUUUCAGCAGUAUUGUGUAAUAAUACUUGAGUGUAAAUGUCAGUCUGUUGCAGAAAUAUGUUCCUUUUGAUGCUGUCGCUCUCAUGGCAAUUAGGAUGUUUUCAGCAUUUUUUGAGAAUUGUGUUCUUGUGUAAAUACACCAUAUAUUUAAUGGCCACAAAAGAGAAUUUGUGUUUUUGAGUUGAAGGGCUUUACCGUAGUGUGCAAUAAUUAUGUAGAAAGCAUUAGAAAGAAUAAAUGAAUACCUGCUGUAUAAAAGUGCUUUAAGAAACAAAAUGUAUGUCAUCUCACCAAGCCACAAAGAUCACUGUGCAUGAUGGAUUCUGUGAGGUGGUUGUACUGACCUGUUUUCUGUGUUGUUUUUACUAAGGCCUGGAUGUCCAGGCAAGACACCCUAGCAAUGCAGAUGCUUAUGUAAUGUGCACAAAUCUACCGUACUGUGACAAAGGGUGCUUAUGUAUUUAUACUAACAGCUUAAUGUAAUAAAAAGUCGACACCUA